UUAGCGGCUGCGUUCUGGGCCCACCCUCACUGACACGUCUGCACCCUGAUCAUGACCUGCAUCACUUAUAGUCUCCACCCGACCAGAUGAGCGGUAAAUUAUAACAGCGGUUACCACAGACUUCUGCACAGAAAUGGUUCACAUCAGUUCUUAUGUCAAGAUUGCGUCCAAUAUGCUGACUCAUGAGUUUCCAUGGUCAGACCACAUCCUUUGACUUCAAGACAUAAAGACGAGUGUGAGCACUGAGGGGGGCUUCAGUGCAUCUCACCAUCACAUCAAAGAGAGAGAAAAGAAGACAUGUCCUGCCUGGGGGCUUUCACCGGUCUCCUCUCCUGCAUGGUCCUCCUCAUUGUCCACUCAAGUGAUGGCUCUGAGAUUAUCAGUGGGACAGAAGUGACGCCCCACUCGCUGCCGUACAUGGCUCUGCUUCAGACAACCGGACCAGUCUGUGGAGGGAUACUGAUCGAUAAAUCAUGGGUCCUGACUGCUGCCCACUGUAAAGAAAUUAAGACCGUGUUGCUGGGGGUGCACUCCAUCAAGGCCAAUGAAGAUAAGUCCAGGCAGGUCAGAAAGGUUAAGAAGCGUUUUCCACAUCCCUGCUAUGAUUCAGCUGAAAAUGUCAAUGACCUCAUGUUGCUCAAGCUUGGCAAAUCUGUGAAGGAAACCAAGACAGUGAAGUGUCUUAAGUUGGGUGAUGCCAUCAAAGAUCCGGCAGCUGGGACCAGCUGCAUGGUGGCAGGAUGGGGCCGAACAAACAACAGUGUUAAGAAAAUGUCCGACGUCUUGAUGUCCGUCAAUGUGACUGUGGUCGACAGAGUGAAGUGCAACUCUGCUGAAUAUUACAACUGCAAACCCGUGAUCACCAGCGGCAUGAUAUGUGCCGGUUCAGACGGGAAGAGGAUUGCUGACAGUUGUCAGGGGGAUUCAGGAGGCCCACUGAUGUGCAGCGGAGGGCUGGUUGGAGUCACUUCUUUCGGAACCAAGUGUGGCCUGAUUAAAAAGCCAGGAGUGUACUCGUAUCUCACAGAGAAACAACUCAAAUGGAUCAAAAAGACAAUGAAGAAGUCUGACAUUUAAUGAGCACCCGCUGUGAAGGAUUUUGUAUUUGUGACCAUGUUAAUCAAUUCUAUGUGAGGUGAUACGAGGGAGAUUUCUGCUUCUGCUGCAAUAAAACAGGCCAAGUUGAUUUUAUUUUGAAAUCUAAACUGGAGAGACACGUGUUUAUCAUGAAAGCAAAUCGCCAAAGGGACAUUAUUGAGUCCUUCAACCAGACUGAUGUCAACCAGACAGACUCACCACUUCCUGCAUCAAGAGCCUAAAUUGAAACUGAGGCUUCAGGCCAAGUCUUGUUGAAAACAAGUGUUGCAAUAAAGAUAAAUUCUGGGCCAUGAAGUAUUAUCUAAUCAUCACUGAUCCAUGUUCUUAUACUGUGUUAAAACCCCACACCAACAUUUCUGUCGUCAUAGAGGCAGAGGCCGAAAUAAAGAGGGCACAUGGUCUGUCUGUCUUUCUCUCUCAGCUUUUCUGUUUUCUCUGGUUUCAGGGUCCUAAGAUCAGUGUUCAAACAAAAAGAGAUCAUUUUUUAUGUUGUGUUUUCUUUCUCUUACUCUUCUUCAGGUUAUCUGUAGUUCAGAUGGUUCCCACAAACCUUCUCAAACGUAUAAUUCAAUUCAACAACUUGUAAAGAACAUUCCAGCCCUAGUUUGCUCACAUUCACGGUUUGGUUUGAACUUGGGGGAACGUGGGGCCCUGGUUAUGACGCAUUAUUGAUCUGAGGUGGAGAUUGGGGGCCCUCCCCCCCAAAUUUUUCUUUAAUUAUCAUAUUUACUUUUUGCAAAUGUCAAGAGAACUCAGCCGUUUUUUAAAAAAUUGCCAUGCCCCUCCUUUCUGAAUAAAGGUUUAAAGUUAUAUUCACAUUUACAAACACCAACAAGGACUAUAUUAUCCAGGUGUUGUUUUAAAUAAGAUGAAGGUCUCUUGGAUGUGAGUCAUGACAAGAGAGUGAGAAUCACAUGAGGCGAGAAGAAGAGGAGGAAGCCCAUGGUGCUGGAGAUGGGGGGUGAAGCAGUGUGCAGCUCAGUCAAACACAGCGUCUGCUCCAACAUUCGAUGAGUCUCAGCUCUGAUGCCUGGUAAACAAAACACUGUAGUGACGACAGAGACGGAGUCGACGUUUCAUCGAGUCCAACCUUUGUUUUGAGACCUUACCGUGUUGGGACCACUGUCUGCAGACGUGCAGGUAUUCAGUCCAAUUAAAUUAAAUCAGGCUGCACCAAAUUGUACACACUGAUAGAUAUCAGUCGGUUGUAAAUAUGCCAGAUUCUUUUUCUUUCUCAAGAUCCAUUAAUUAUUAUUUGCGAAACUAAUGCAGUAAGAUUGAUGACUUGAUUGAUGUGUUCUGUUCAUUUGAAGAUUAUUGAAGAACAUGAUGUGUAUUUUC